CACUCACUGAAAUUUACAUCUCACAACCUUACCUUCCCAAACACCAAAAUCCCCUCCCACCCUUAUCUCCACCAUUCCUUUCUCGGCUUUUCAAGUUUGCCCUCUAUCGCUGCCACCACUCCUCCUCCUCCUCUUCCUCUGAUAACUGAUGGUGGGACUCGCUCCUCAAGAGCACAAUCAAGACCUUCGAUUCUUUCUUCAAUCCUUGCCCAAAUGAUCUUCACAAAGACGUUGGAAUUGCCGCCGACGACAAUGAAGAGAAACGACGCAAAGAAGAAGACUGGAAUUGGGAAAGCAUUUCGACGAAAUCGACUCCCAAGAGCAACUUGUCUCUAUCUUGAAGGCUCUGAAAUCUAAACAGACAACAGAAUUUGUAGUAGUUGAUUACUUGACAUGGAAGUAUGCAUAGAUUUCUUGAAUUGGCUCGACCCGGACAUAUCAGUGCAAAUUCUGAUGUAUUUGGAGGACCCAUCUGAUCUUGUCCAUGCUAGUUCUGUGUCACGGUCUUGGCGAGAUUUCGUAAUUGCAAAUGGCCUUUUUAAGCACUUGUGCUUGAGAAUGUUUCCUCAGUUAUCUAGAGUUGCUCGUGUUAUGGAAUUGAACAAAUGUGGAGCAAAAGAGCCUGUAGAAGUUGGCUCUAGCUAUUCAAUGGAAUGGGAAUCUUUGGCAAGGGAUCAUAGGGUCUAUGCUACUUUAGCUCAAGUUUGUACAUCAUUUAUUGUUGAGGAUUGCAUUUCCGAAGCAAUUAGUGCUUCUAGCACUGAUCAUUAUCCAGAUGAAAGUAUUCAUAAUACUCUCCUACCAGCAUAUACAUGGAGAGCUUCAUACUGGUCAAGUAAAGGGCAAAGUAAUCCUGCGGUGCCUGAGACACUAAUAUACAAGCUGAAGUCUGAGUUUUGUGUUAUUACUGAAAUAAAUAUAUGCCCUGGCCAAGAACUUUUAUCGAGUUUGCAUAUAUAUUCUUCCAAUUCUGUUCGAUUUCGAAUGGGUCAUACCAAAGGCCCUAAUGAUUUAGGGAGUCGUCAUCUGGGUGACUCAUUGCCUUGUAAUGCUGAUGACACUUUCAUUUGGACUUAUACUUCACCAGAAUUCCCAAUGGCUCAGGAAGGUUGCUUGCAGAAUUUUAGGCUUCCAGAACCUGUUCUUUGCAUUGGUGGAAUUUUGCAGAUUGAGCUGCUGGGUAGGGUCCAGAGAAAUGAAAUAGAUGGCUUAUUCUAUAUAUGCGUGUCUUAUGUUCAAGUUGUGGGGCGUACCUUAUCUCCAACAUUUUGUGUAGAAAUUCUCGAGCCAUCUGGGACAUUUGUCUUGAAGAAUGACAUGCAGGGCAAGUUUUAUACCCCACCAAGUUUACCCAAGAAUGAGGCCCAUGAAAUCUCUGAUGAUCAAUUGCAAAGAGGUUUCAGAUAUUGGCAACAUUUUGUGAACAGAUUGGAGGGAAACGAAAAUGCAGUAGAAUUCAUUGAAGAAUAUGAAUCUGGUGAAGAGGAAGAUGAAGCAGAGGUAGAAUAUACUCUCUGAAUUUGUUAUAUGUUAUAUCCAAAAAAAUAAAUAAAUAAAACAAAAGAAAACAAAAGCAAAAUCUACUUCCUAUGCAGUCUUUCUAUCUAGUGUUGUAUAGCCUUGAAUAUUGUUUUUCACUGUUGUAGUGGUAUUACUAUUACUAUUACCAGUAUUUUCCAACGAGACUUAGAAAUUUUCAGGUCA